UUUUCAGUGGCCCUGUUGCUAUUGGAGACCAGUAACAGGGCACAAUGAAAACAGCUUUCAGCGUUUCAUUUUACAUAUACACAACUCCUAGGAUCUCUAGAUAAUAUGUACUCUUCCAACACCCCGCUUGAAUAAUUAAGCAAACCACCAACCUUAGCAUGCCAACAACGCCACCAGCAGUAAGGCGGUACACUGGAUCUGCCAAAGUUCGCGAUCGUGGACUCCAGCACAAGGAAAGCUGGGAACGGGUCUACUGGGAGAGCUUGGGCCGCAGCCAGAGAGAAAACAGUCGGCUGGGCUACAGGGUUGAUGAGGCACCCAAGGCAGAGAUCAGCGAGAAUGAUGACGGUGGCUUGUGUCACACGAGCCCUAUGGACACUUCACAAGAAAAUAAGAAAUCACCUCCAAAGCUUCUGAAAGCUGGGAGAAGAACGGACCCCGACAGUCUCUGGAAGCAUCUUUGGCACUCGAGGAAGCUGGUCCUGGCAGUGAAGCAGGGUUGCAGCUAUUUUCACCUCCUCCAGGAACAGGAGGUGCAGGAGGAGCAACAGAGGGAAAAGAGGAGGAGAGAGGAGAGGAGGAAAAGGGCAAUCCGACCACCUUCCGUUUCCUCUGACUCGGACACGGACAGAGAGGCAGAGAGGGGGUGUGUUGCUGCAGGGGUCCCAUCAUUCUGGAAGCAGAGCAGGAGGAGACGGGUUCAGUCUGCCCGGCCCUUCACUCCUGUCCACCAGUCGCUGACCUCACACCAGCCACAGCAGCUCGCACAAGAGCACAUGUAUCGUCAGUUGUGCUGCCUCUGUUGGCUGCUGGACUCUCUGACCCUGGAACAUUCUGGUCGAAUCGGGCCUGUGGUUUCUUGUUGGGAUGCAAAGGAUCCUGGAAGGAGCAGAAACACUCUGAAAACUCUGAAUAAAGAGAAGACGAUACAGGCCAAGUGGGAGCAGUUUGUGUCCCCACCAAAGUCUCUGCGUCCUGUGCUCAAAGUGUCCCGUGUGUGCUCUGCAAGAUCUUUGACCCAGAAGUCCUCCUCCCUCAGCGUGCCAUUGUCUGUGACAAUGACCUCAUCGUUGGGCAGCAGCCUGUCGUCCUUAGCGCUGGAUGCCAAAGACCCCAGUGAUGUCAUUGUGUCAACUGAUGGCGAGUGUCAAAGCGCAGAGGUGUCCGAGGCGGAUCCACCUGUUUCUGAAUACUUGCGGAAGCUUCUGGAGGAGGUACACAAGAGUGUUGCUAAAGAACUGCAUGGCUCAGAGAUGCAGCACGGCUUUGAAACUGAGUGGAGUGAGGCUCUCAGAAGUGUCUCCUCAAGGCUGGACAGUGUGGUCAGUGGGAAAGUGCUCACACCAAGGCCAAAGAGUUCCCCUCCCAGACGGCCUGCCACCACCGCAUUUAGCCACAGGAAGGCGGUCAUGUUGGAUGAGAUAAGGCUGGCGUUUGAAGACAGAGCAGAGGAGCUGGCACUUAGCUUAACAGAUACUCUGGACCGCAGUGCUAAGAAGAGAUGGAGCAGUGGAGUUCAGAGAUAUCAGUUCCUCUCGAAUGUGUCCACCUACAGAUCUCUCACUUCCUCUUUGUGCUCCGUAACCUUUACACCAGGCGAACAGCAAUCAGAGAACACAGAUGUACCAGACAGACCCUACAACACCCAGUGGCUCUCUGCGUUGCUCGGCAGCCUUCCCCCUCACACACACUUGGACAGGAAGUUGGUAUGUUUGCUGGAAAAGCUGAAGCGUUUCACGGCAGAGCGGUCACUGCGGAUCCGCCCUCACGUCUUCCUCAGGGUGCUAAACUCCCUCCAGCCCUGGGAGCUCUGCUGCCCCGACCUGUGUGUGGCUAUAGAGAUGGUGCGUCAGAAUGCAGUGAGGAUGUCUGUAGAGGAGUAUGAUUGCUGGCUGCAUGGCAGAAUUAAUCUUCCUCAGACAGCCUAAAACCUUGAGGAUAAUAUAUUUUGUCUCUUUGCUUUCUGUCGUUUAUCCUAUCAUCCUUUCUUUUAUCACUCUUGUGUGUUUUCAAGGGUUGUUUUGCAAGUAAAUCAAGUUCACUCAAUGGACUUGCUUGUUUGGUUUCUGACACUGUUAUCUGUACAAAUGAACAACAGAAUAUUGAAACACUUAAAACAGCAGCGGUUUUGUAGUUGAACGUGCCUUUUUGUCUGUACUUUACAGCCACACAGUCAGAAACCACAUAAGCAAGUCUAGAGAUUAACUAACGACCCCACAGUUUGACCCAAGUUUGAUUCAGGUAAGCAGUUGCAAGAGGCUUAUUGGUGGGGCUCCCCAGCUACAGUGCAAAACUAAGGAACCAUGAUAUUUUAAUCAGGUGUGCAGAUGGAUCUGUUAGAAUGGGGUGGCCGUGUACGACCCAGAGAUCCUAUUGAGGUGCAACAUUUGAUAGAAAAAUAUGUAAAUAAAACCGUGCUACUGUAUUAAAA